CGAUGUGAUGGCUUUUCUGUGUCUGUGUUACAUGGUAGCAGUGAUCUUGAAAUGGGUUGUGUUGUAUCAUCAUCAGUCAAGGUUAACCCGAGGCUCCAAGCACAUCCGCCGACUUGUCAGCUCCUGUGAGGGACUGCUGCGUAUCACUGCCCGAUCUCUACGACUUGUCCAGGAAGCAGAGCUUGUGGCCCGGGGAUUUACCCUGGUGAGUCAGCAGACACCAGUAAGCAGACUAGAACAGAAUAGUCUCCACAGCACACAACGACAAUGUCCACAGCUGCGUGCUUUGCUCUUCCUUGUUUCAAGGAAGGCCAUGCUUUUAGCUAAAGAUAAGACCAUGGCCCUUAUCAACUGGUAUCUUUUUAUCACACUGUUAGUCACACAGUUUUUACUCUUAUUGUUCAGCUGUUAAGGAAACCAUAA